AUGAUGUGGAGCACGCUGUUGAUCCCCAUCACGGCCACGCUCGCAGCGACCGCCGUACAUGCCACAACCAGUCCCGCAGCCGUGGGUGCAAACUCCUUUUGGGGCCACAGCAAGGGCUCAGAGACGGUCGCAAAGGGCGACAUCAGCAACGGGACGACGUGUACGUACCAUCAACUAUCUGCUACCGGCGCUUUUACCCGCGAGGUGAAGUUUGCGCCUAGCAAUACCCGGAUCGGCUGUGUCCCAAGCAUCCCCAACAUCCCCAACAUCCCAGACUCGGCGUUCAUGACACCCCGAGCUGACGCCUCAAAGUGUCACUUCGUUCUUCGACAGUUCAAUUUAUUUUCCAUCCCGACUUUUCCGAUCACAAGUUCCGCAUUAAGGAGUCCAAAGUCAGUUAUGCAGUGAAUAGGUCCGAGCGGCGCGGGCUCCGGCGUGGGGUACUGAUGCCAAAUGGGUUCUUAUGGGGGACCCUUAGCUGUGUGGCGACAAAGACAAGGCCCACUCGGGCUAUCUCGACAUCGCAGAACACACGCACCUGUUUUUCUUUUUCGCCGAAUCCCGCGACAAGCCUGACGAAGAUGCGCUCCUGCUCUGGCUCAACGGCGGUCCUGGAUGUUCGAGCAUGACAGGCUUCUUGCUCGAGAAUGGCCCGUGCUUGGUCACCAACGAAGGCAAGAGUUCGACUUUCAAUCCUUACUCGUGGAACUCGAACGCCAAUAUGAUCUUCUUGGACUCUCCCGUCAAUGUCAGUUGUCCAAGCUGCACUUUCAAGGGGUCCUGAUCUGCUCCUGAUCCGCUCGCCACAUCUAUAAUCUGACUCGCGCACGUUACAGGUCGGUUUCUCGAAAGCCCGUAAGCACGUCAACACCUCGCACGAGGCCGCAGAGGACAUAUAUAUUUUCAUGCAACUCUUCUAUCGAGCAUUCCCCGAGCUCGCCAAGAAUCAUUUUGUCGGUCACCUCGUUCUUCGUCUGACCCUUUUCGAAGUGGAGAUAUUGACUACCCCUGACUCGGGUCUAUUUAUUCAAACCAAUAAAGCACGUCAUGGGAGAGUCGUACGCGGGGAUGUACAUUCCCAACGUCGCGUCGGUCAUCUUGGACAAAAACAAGCAUCUUGAUGGGGCCACUCCCGACACGAUACAUGUGCCCCUCGUCUCGAUGGCGAUCGGCAACGGCUUCGUCGAGAUCGUCGCCGCACUCCGUGGGCAGGUCGAUUUCGCAUGCGGGAAGGGUGUCCAUGCAGCCAUCUACAAUACUUCGACUUGCAAGACUCUAUACUCGCAGGUCACUACCUGCGCUAGUAGGGUGACGCCGUGUCGCCAGAAAUCUACGCAGCAGACUUGUUUUCAAGCGGAGAAAGCUUGUCUAAAACUUGGCCGUUAGUGAUGAGAUUCUUCUCGUCGUUCCGAGGGGUCGUUUCCUCGCCGCCUUCGACGAAAGCCCGAGCUGACUCUAGUUACCCACUUAUUGCUUCCGCUUCGGCAUCGUGUUGGACAAUUCUAACACAAAAGAGCCGUACGAAUAUGGGGACCUGAAUCCCUACGACGUCAGCAAGAAGUGCGAUCGUUCACCGUCCAAGGAUGGACCGUUAUGUUACAAACAGGCAUUCUGGAUCCUGGUCUACCUCAACCUGGCGAGUGUUCGAGCGGAACUCGGUGUCGAUUUCAAAGCCAAGCCAUUCGAGCUUUGCAGUACCUCGGUCUACAAUACUUUCGCACAGAGCGGAGAUUGUAAGUAUCCCUCUCGGCGCCACUGAGCGCCAGCUCGAUUGUGUGGUCGCGCGGAUGCUUUUCGAUCCCGACGUGGAUCUGAACUCGUUGGUGCCCCCUUGUUACAGGGGUGGGCAAUACCCCUGCUCUGAUUUCGGAAUUGCUCGAGUCCAAAAUCAGGGCGCUUGUUUACGUCGGCGUCAAGUAAGUCCUGAACGAAGAAAGCCGUCACUCCUACAGCGGAUUAUGUUGCUAACAUUCCUCAGGCUCCGACUGCUUUCCUCCGCAGCGACUUCGUCGUGAGUAGCGGGGGUUGGUCCCAUACUGUCUCGAGUCGGAUGAACACUAAUGUGACGCGCACUCUGUCCUACUCGCUUUAUCCCUAGUGUAACUACCUCGCAAACCGCGACUGGACUACGGCGCUGCAAUGGUCAGACCAGCGGCAGUACGUGAAUGCCCCGUUCACUGAGUUCAAAAUGCCGAAUGGGAAAGAUGUGGGAAAGACCAAGAGCUCCGGUCCGCUCACGUACCUGGAGGUGGACGGCGCCGGACAGUGAGUAGAACCGAAUUUCUCGUCAUGGUCCGUGUCCGCACCGUGCUCAAGUGUUGUGUGGUGUCUGUGCAGCAUGGUCCCUCACGACAAGCCUGUCGAGGCGCUCGAGAUGAUCAACAGAUGGAUUAGAGGGGGCCAGUUCUAG